CGUCGGACUACGAAGCGGGACGGAAACCACAAUUCCCAGCAGGCCUUGGGCCUCAGUGCGGCCGCGAAGCAGAGCGGGCUGUAGAGCCUUGCGCGCGCGGUGGGGAUGGAACGUUGCUAGACUUAGCGGGUCUAGCUGCUGGGGGCCGGAGCAGCACGCUCGGAGCCGCCGCGCGCCAAAGCGGGAAUCCGGGAGGCGAGCAGCUCUGCAAUUAAUGCACGUAUUUUAAACUCCCGAGCCUACGGACGCUAUGCACAGGAAGCACCUCCAGGAGAUUCCAGACCUGAGUAGCAACGUUGCCACCAGCUUCACGUGGGGAUGGGAUUCCAGCAAGACUUCUGAACUGCUGUCAGGCAUGGGGGUCUCCGCCCUGGAGAAAGAGGAGCCCGACAGUGAGAACAUCCCCCAGGAACUGCUCUCAAACCUGGGCCACCCGGAGAGCCCCCCACGGAAACGGCUGAAGAGCAAAGGGAGUGACAAAGACUUUGUGAUUGUCCGCAGGCCUAAGCUAAAUCGAGAGAACUUUCCAGGUGUUUCAUGGGACUCCCUUCCGGAUGAGCUGCUCUUGGGAAUCUUUUCCUGUCUGUGCCUCCCUGAGCUGCUAAAGGUCUCUGGUGUUUGUAAGAGGUGGUAUCGCCUAGCGUCUGAUGAGUCUCUAUGGCAGACCUUAGACCUCACAGGUAAAAAUCUGCACCCGGAUGUGACUGGUCGGUUGCUGUCUCAAGGGGUGAUCGCCUUCCGCUGCCCACGAUCAUUUAUGGACCAACCAUUGGCUGAACAUUUCAGCCCUUUUCGCGUACAGCACAUGGACCUGUCGAACUCAGUUAUAGAAGUGUCCACCCUCCACGGCAUACUGUCUCAGUGUUCCAAGUUGCAGAAUCUAAGCCUGGAAGGCCUGCGGCUUUCGGAUCCCAUUGUCAAUAAUCUCGCACAAAACUCAAAUUUGGUGCGACUUAACCUUUCUGGGUGUUCUGGAUUCUCUGAAUUUGCCCUGCAGACUUUGCUAAGCAGCUGUUCCAGACUGGAUGAGCUGAACCUCUCCUGGUGUUUUGAUUUCACUGAAAAGCAUGUACAGGUGGCUGUUGCGCAUGUGUCAGAGACCAUCACCCAGCUGAAUCUUAGCGGCUACAGAAAGAAUCUCCAGAAAUCAGAUCUCUCUACUUUAGUUAGAAGAUGCCCCAAUCUUGUCCAUCUAGACUUAAGUGAUAGUGUCAUGCUAAAGAAUGACUGCUUUCAGGAAUUUUUCCAGCUCAACUACCUCCAACACCUAUCACUCAGUCGGUGCUAUGAUAUAAUACCUGAAACUUUACUUGCAGAAUGGCUCACAAUUUGGCUAAUUUGGAUAUACCAGAACCAGAAUUCUCAUAGUAAUUACAACGUUUCUCAAGUUUCACAUGAGGGAUUCAAAGUUGGAGCUGGAUUGCUUCAUCUGAACUUGGAGAAAUUCCCACACUAAAAACACUACAAGUUUUUGGAAUUGUGCCAGAUGGUACCCUUCAACUGUUAAAGGAAGCCCUUCCUCAUCUACAGAUUAAUUGCUCCCAUUUCACCGCCAUUGCCAGGCCAACUAUUGGCAACAAAAAGAACCAGGAGAUAUGGGGCAUCAAAUGCCGACUGACACUGCAAAAGCCGAGUUGUCUAUGAAGUAUUUAUUGCAGGAUGGUGUCUCUUCUUUAGAACAGGGAAAAUAGGCAGGAAGCCCAAUUGCUGGAGUACUUAGCUAGUUUUAUUCUUGGUUUUCCCUUUGCCUUCAUUCUGCAAGUAUACUAGGGAGCCAUUUGAGAGGGAAAACUAUGAAAUCUUGCUUUUUGAAAUGAUUCUAAAAGCUUUUAUCACUGCUUUGCUCUUAAGAGCCAAAGUUGUAGGCCUUUUGAAAUUUUGGGAGAGUGAGCCUAUAAUUUCAAGAUACCUUAAAGAGCAAAAUUUGAGCCACCUCUUCCAAGUGCCCUUACUAAGUCUAUUCAGAAUCAAGCUUAAAAAUUACCACCAGCAAACAGUCUUCAUAGCCCAUAUAACUUUUAUCUAUUUAAUUUUAUAGUAUUGCUUUAUAAGACAGCUUAGAAGAACAAUAAGCUAUUUGUAUUAUGAGCUGAACAAAAAGAGAAUCAUAGGAUAGUAGCGUCUGAGGCCGUCUUUUCUAGGAAUAGGAGAGAGAAAAAUGUGUUUUAAUUUUGCCUUUAGAUUUGAAAUUAGGUUAAUAGAAAUAAGUAACCCCAUGUAAUUCACCUUAAAACUUACAAAAGACCAAACAUUACAAAACCCAGAGGUAUAGAAUCAGUAUAGGAUUUGAAGGCCCAGCAGACAGUUUUCUAUGACAGGUUAAUUUGAAGUAUCCUGUAAUGUUCAUUAAGUUACUGUGUUUCCAGAAUCUAAAUUAGAUGAGAAAUAUAAUUGUGGUUUUCUAACUUGAUAAUCAAAUUAUGUUAACAUGGGUCCUUUAGCUUUUAAAAUGACUUGCUUUGUUUUAGAAAGGUGGUACUAAUCCACUCUAUUCUUGAAAAUUUGGUUGGAAGAAUUCUGAAGUUGCCUGCUGUUUUCCUUUAGCGCUGAGGUUCUUAAGGUUACUUUUAUAUUACUCUGGAAUCAAGUAUUUUAAAUUGUCUUUUUUUUAAAUGAUCUCUCAGCAAUAAUUGUUUGAAACUAUCCAUAUAUAAGGUUAUCAGACCUGCAGUUCCUAAGAGGAACUGCAUGUUCUCUUCAAUCAGAAAUAUACAAUAGAAGCAGGUAUAUCUUCCAUGCAGUUUCAGUAGUAAGCACUACUUAUACCUACAUAAGAGUUAAAAUCCAGAUGUGGGACCUUUUGAUACCAUCAGUGAUAUAUAUUUUUUUAAACUGGUACAGAGAAGUGAAAAGAUUAAAUUCUAUUUCUUUUUUUUUUGAGACGGCAUCUCGCUCUGUCACCCAGGCUGGAGUGCAGUGGCGCGAUCUCGGCUCACUGCAAGCUCCGCCUCCUAGGUUCACGUCAUUCUUCUGCCUCAGCCUCCCGACUAGCUGGGACUACAAGCACCUGCAUCAUGCCCGGCUAAUUUUUUUGUAUUUUUAGUAGAGACGGGGUUUCACCGUGUUAGCCAGGAUGGUCUCGAUUUCCUGACCUCAUGAUCCGCCCGUCUCGGCCUCCCAAAGUGCUGGGAUUACAGGCGUGAAGCCACUGCGCCCAGCCAAAUUCUACUUCUUAAAAAUCACAAAAACUAGUUUAAAUUGAUGACUUGUUCGUAUGUUCAGAAUGUAACGACAAAAAAAAGCCAACACCAGUCAUUUGUAUUAACUGUUUUUUUUUUAAAUCAAAAAUUGUUAAUGUUACAAACAUAGUAUGAAGUGCCUUUAUAUGCUUAGACCUAAGGAAGAUUUUAAAGUUGGGUUGCACAGGAAAUGAUGAUGCUUCAAUAUCUUAAUAGUUAAAAAGUGCUAAAUACUACUUGAAAUUAUUGUUUACAGAUUAGUGACAAGAGCUGGGGUUAGGAUCCGGUUGGACUCUGACAUCCGGAUGCCCUCAAACAUACAGAACUUCCAAACUCAAGUCUAGCCAUAAGCUAUUUUGCCAACAUGUCAGAGUAAUCUGUAUUUUUGUAUGUGAUUUCUACUUUUAUAGACUUGUUUUAAAACAAUAAAACACAUUUUUAUAAAAAUGA